GUAGUAUAUAUCAAUUUAGAAGAAAUGGAUCGAACGUUAGUCCUUAGUUGUAUUGCAGCCGUUUCAACGGUGGCUAUGUAUGGGACUGGAUUCCAGACGUGUAAAGAAAUGAGGCGGAAACGCAACGUAAAGCACGUGUUCUUCGUGACCUUCCUUUCCUGUAAUCUCAGUUGCAUCUUGUGGCUUAAGUAUGGAGUUCUUCAAGAGGAUAUUACUCUCAUUGUGGUCAACAUUGUAGGAGUUGCAAUGCACUCAUUUUAUAUGCUGGUGUACUUUCUUAACACCACAGAGAAGUCAAGAGUCAUGUGUUGGUUGUGUUGCUGUGCUGCGGUCAUUUAUCCGUUGUUGAUCUACAUCAAGUACUUUGUUGAUGACUACGAGAAAGCUGUUGUAGGACUCGGAGUAGUUUGUAGUCUUACAUCCCUUCUUACGUGCAGCUCAAGACUAUUCAAUGUGAUUGACGGGGUAAAGAGGAAUGACAGCAGUACACAGUUAUCAUCAGGACACCUUACGCUAACUCAUCUUUUGGUUGCUGUCAUAUGGACAUUGUAUGGUCGAGCAGUGGGUGACAGCUACAUUCAGAUAACUAACUUGCUAUGUGCACUGCUGGGAUGCUGUCAGUUUUGGCUGUUCCUAAGAUAUCCUCGAACUUCAUGGAAGAUGUACGAUUUAUCUAGUAGCCAUUAUGCUAAUGCAGCCGCCAGAGUUUAAGUCACUUGACAGAUUAGUUGGUGAGAAAUAGCAAACUCCAGUGGAGUGUACGGCUUUGGAAAUUUUUUAUUGAUUGAAAAGACAAAUACAGAGGUACGGUACAUAAA